GCAGGACUCUGACAAAGACGUUCCUGCAACGCGGGUUUCUGGUCACCAACAUGCCUCUGGCUGCUGCAAUGGUGACCAGUGGCUCGGCUGAGGAACCGGACACCAGUUCUACAAGGCAGUCCCUCUCUUCUACGGGAAUGUGCAGCCUGCUCAAUAGUUUCAAGGUCACUGCUGACAACACCUGUUCCAGGCUCCAGCGGGGUGAGACUUUGGAUGAGGGUAGGAUGGCAGACCUGAGGAACUUCUGUAUUACAGUCUUGGUGCUGGGGCUUCAGAAGACAACCCGGCAGGUUAGGGAGCUGACGGUGCAGGAGUGGUUUGGGCGAGCAAGGGUCAACCAGGGUGUUGUUGUGAAAAUGACUGCCCGUGGAGCAGAGGACAGCUUCACCCUGACACUCCAACAAGAAGCCUGGUUCAGCUGUUACAUGGCCAGCAUCCGGUCAGUCUACCUGAAGAGCCAAGUAGCCGCAGGAUCUGACCAGGACAGGUUUUUCUUGGGAAAGAACGGCACGCCCCUGACCCAUGUCACCAAAGUGGUCGAUCGUUUCUGCAAAAGGCACAGACCACUGGAGGGGAGCACCUCCACCAUCGUGUCUGCAAAGCGCAAGGCCAGCAUGACAUGGGACAAUUUUCUGGAUGAGUUCCCUGUGACUUUGCAUGGUGUUCCUCCCACUCAGGAGGAGUCAAAAAUGAAGGGAUAUGAGGAGGGGCGCAUCUUCUACCACAAGUGGAGGGACAUGCAGAGGAAACUCAGGAUCGAUUACAUCCUUAUGGACUACCCACAUCGAAAGCCUUCAGAAGCAAGGGUGAGGUACAAGAUGCAAAGGGAAGGAUGGACUUGCAAUGCCCCCAAGGUGGAGGAAAUUUUGGCAGUCUGGAAAAGUAAGGGGGGGUCUGUCCUCGCGGACCCAAACAUCAUGCAGGCAGUCCUGGACCAGAAGUGGAAGGGCCUGGCCAUUACAGACCUGGGACCACCAAAGGGAAAAGGCGUGGUGGCAACGAUGCCGUUCCAGGUUGGAGAUGUAGUAUGCGACUACCACGGGGAGCUGGUCACAGAGGCAGAGGGAAGGCAGAGGCAAAGUCAGGUACCAGAUGGCACUGACAUGUACUUCUUCUAUUUUAAAAGCCACAAUGGCACAAAGAUGUGCCUGGACGCGCAGAAAUUCCCCUGCUUCUGUCACCCCGACAUUGACACUUUUGGCAGGAGGAUAAACCACUCGGGCAAGAACUUUAAUGUCAAGCCAGUUCGCUUUGCGUUGCCUUUUUCUGGAGGACUCAGGGAUAUCAUGAUCUUUGUUGCCACUAGAAACGUGACAGUAAAAGAGGAGCUCACGUGGGACUAUGGUGUCAGACAGUCAUCCUUUGGAGGAGAGGGCCGAAAUCUGGAAUGGCUGAACGAGUAGUAGAUAGAUCAGAAGCUUGUAAAAUUUAUUUGGGUUAAAGAGUUCAUGCUGUAUCAUAGUUUGACA